AUGAGAGGCGAGCCUGUACCUGCAUGGGACUCUGGGAACAACACCAUUUGGGAGAAAUACAUCGACAUCUCUUUUAUUGUGGCAAACGGCUUGAUUCUAUUGAUCACUUCUCUUGUAGGUAUUGCAGCAAAUAUUUUUGUCAUACUGGCAGUCUAUAACCAAAAAUCACUGCAAACAUGGAAUAAUGCACUAGUGGUGAAUCUUGCAGUUAUUGACAUCCUUCGGUGUGUAAUCGACUGCCCCAUUCUUCUGACCAUCGUUCUGAUUGUGUAUCUAAGAGGACAUGUGGACGAGUUGAUCUGUGAUACACAAGUGGCUUCUUUCUCUUUCAGCUGUUGCAUUCAGUUGUUAACAUUGGCUUGUAUAAGUGCAGAGAGAUACCAAGCCAUUGCACAACCUUUCAAAACUACUCAAAGGAGAAGACGGAUUAUGGUAUUGAUUCCUCUCAUAUGGACCUUAGCUAUUUUAGUGGCUGGUUUUUGUCUGAUAUUUGUGAAGGACUCACCGGUGCAUGUUAGGUGCAGAGGAUCACAAGGAGAAACAUUAUCCUCCUAUGACAGCUUUGGACUUUACAUGUUGUUCCCACUGUGGGCGGCUUGCUUUAGUGUAAUCAUUGGAUUCUAUACUCGCAUAUUCAUCCUUGUGAGAUCACACAAUCGCAAAGUAUUUGACAAAGGUAGUUUUCCUCUCUCUGAAAAAGAAAAAACAGAGGAUAAACAGAAGACAGAAAAAUCUGUGGCUGUGGAAAAUGGACAAGGAAAGUCAGAGCAAACCCAGACUUUGGAGAACAGUGUUGCUCAAGAGAAGCUGGUGACAAAAGCUGAACCAAAUUCAUCCAAGAAAGAUUCAGCAGAUACUCUACUGACCUCAACAAUAGCGCCACAAAAUCUCUCCAUCGAUUCAGAGAAUAAGAAAGUAUUAACAAUUAGAGUGGAGAUAACUGAGUUGGGAACAGAACAUCAUCAUCCUACAGUGCCGACUGAUGAGAGACCUUUAAAAACAGAGCAAUCUAACCCGUCUGCCAUGAAAGUUGGAUCAAAAUCAUCAAAUGCUAGUGUUCCGAGCUCAACUGCAAAGCUGGAGAAGGUGCCAGGCAAUUUCGACACAAAAAAGCAAUCCAAAGACAGAGUGAAAAUUGACAAAGCACUCUCUGAAAUGAAAGAAACAAGUCUUCAAGUUCUCUCUGCACAGUUAGACAAUCCUGAAUCCACUUCUGUUUUGCUGAUUGAACCAAAAAAGAAGAACAGUAAUGGGGAAGCACUGGCUGUUGCAACAGUGGAACAAGUGUCUUCAUUACCUCCAGUGUCAAAUAAUGUUCCUGAAGAAGAAGCUGCGAAACAAAAUGUGGAAGUGCAAGGUGCUGUUUGCAUGAUGCCUUCAAAAGCCAGUAGAGAAAGAGCAAGCAAAAAGAAGGAAAGCAAAAUGGCCAAGCGUGCUGGCUACAUUAUUAUAACCUUCAUCUUAUUCUGGCUACCUUUAAUCACGACCAUCCUGUUGAAUUUUGUAGUUUCCAUAAACAAAAAUAUACAGAUGACAAUCGUGCGGGACGUGGAGAUCCUGUCAGUGUCUGUUGCCUGCAUCACAUCACUGAGUGACCCAAUAAUAUACGCCGCAGUCAACCCUCAGUUUCGGACAGAGUUUUACAGGCUCAAGAACAGGAUUAAAUCCAUAUUCAACAAGAAAUGA